AUGGCUGGCACUGAUGCUGGUGCCAAGGCACAAAUUAAAGGAUUGUUGCUGCAAACUCUCACAUCUCCUGUUGCAAGUGCCAGGUCCAGCCAAAUGUCAAGCAAGCAACUCUUGAAACACUUUGGCUAUUUAUGUGAGGAAGUUUCUCCAGAUGCUGCUGACCAAGACCAAGUCAAUAAAAUACUUACAGCUGUUGUUCAGGGUAUGAAUGCUUCUGAGGCAAACUCUGAUGUGAGGCUUGCAGCUACACGGGCAUUGUAUAAUGCUUUGGGCUUUGCUCAGGUUAACUUCUCGAAUGACAUGGAGCGUGACUAUAUCAUGAGAGUAGUUUGUGAAGCGACUCAGUCUCCAGAGGUGAAGAUAAGGCAGGCUGCCUUUGAGUGUUUGGUGGCUAUAUCGUCUACUUAUUAUGAUAAGUUGGCAACAUACAUGCAGGAUAUAUUUAAUAUAACUGCAAAAGCUGUGAGGGGAGAUGAGGAGUCAGUUGCACUCCAGGCUAUUGAGUUCUGGAGUUCCAUUUGUGAUGAGGAAAUUGACAUUCUGGAUGAGUAUUGCAGUGAAUUUACAGCUGAUUCUGAUGUUCCAUGCUACUACUUUAUCAAGCAGGCUCUUCCUGCCUUGGUGCCGAUGUUGUUGGAAACUCUCCUCAAGCAAGAGGAAGACCAAGAUUUGGAUGAAGGUGCUUGGAAUCUUGCAAAUGGCUGGGGAACUUGUUUGGGCCUGGUGGCAAGGACUGUUGGUGAUGACAUUGUUCCUCUUGUAAUGCCUUUUGUGGAGGAGAACAUAACCAAGUCUGAGUGGAGACAGAGAGAGGCUGCAACAUAUGCCUUUGGAUCUAUCUUGGAGGGCCCAUCAGCUGAUAAACUGGCUCCUCUUGUUAAUGUUGCGUUGGGCUUCAUGCUGUCGGCGCUGAUGAAGGAUCCCACACUUGAAACUCCUCCUAUCAUCACGGCCGAGAAUUGUCAGCAAUACUUUACUGUGCUGCUUCACAGCAUGAAGGAUGUCCCAAAUGUGGCUGAAAAGGCAUGUGGGGCCCUCUAUUUCCUUGCACAAGGCUAUGUGGAUGCUGGAUCUGCAUCACCAUUAUCCCCUUUCUUUCAAGAUAUUGUUCAGAACCUUCUUAUGGUCACUCACAGGGAGGAUGCUGGAGAAUCUCGGCUGCUAACAGCAGCAUAUGAGACCCUAAAUGAAGUUGUCAGGUGCUCCACUGAGGUGACGGCCCCUAUUGUUAUGCAGUUAGUACCUGUGAUCAUGGUGGAGCUCCAUCAGACACUUGAAACCGAAAAGCUGUCAACUGAUGAGAGGGAGAAGAGGAGCGAACUGCAGGGCCUCCUUUGUGGUUGCUUGCAGCUGGUCCAAACUUUGCAAAAGUACAUGGCACAGUUUUAUCAGUAUUUGGAGAUGGGACUUCAGAACUUUGAGGAGUAUCAGCUAAGGAAUGGAAUCUUGGAAGCCUACUCUGGUAUCCUGCAAGGAUUUAAGAGUUCACCCAAGACACAACUACUGAUGCCAUAUGCUCCACAUAUUAUUCAGUUCCUUGAUGCUCUGUACAAUGGAAAGGAUAUGGAUGAUACUGUGAUGAAGACUGCAAUAGGUGUCUUGGGAGAUCUGGCCGACACAUUGGGUGUCCAUGCUGGCCUGUUGAUCAAUCAAUCCACCUCAAGCCUGGCAUUUUUAGAGGAAUGCUUGGCAUCAGAUGAUCCUUUGGUGAAAGAAUCUGCCGAGUGGGCGAGGAUUGCAAUCAGCCGUGCAGUUUCGGGUUGA